AAAAUAAAUAUUUUAAGCAUUAUCAUUAAUUUUUUUUUUGACAAAUAACAAAAAAGAGAGCGACCCAAAUUUAAAAUUUUACUUAAAUUGAAAUAUACCUCAAGUUUUAUUGGGGCAGCAAAUUAUGUAAAUGCAUGUUUUGGUUUGAGAAUUUCCUCUUCAUUUUUCUAUCCUACCUAAGAAAAGAAAGUAAUUUUUUAAUUUUCUUUCUUAUAAUUUAAGAUUUUUUGAGAGUUUAAGAUUAAAGAAAUCCCAUAAAAAAAAAAAAAAAAAAAAACUAACUCUCUAGUCCAGUAAUAACCAUCCAUAUGCCUGCUUACUAAUUUAUCUUAAUUCAUAAAAAUAGCAACUUCCAAGUCCUGAAUAACAGGAUCUUUCACAGCUCUCAACCAAACAAUAAGGAUUUCUAAAAAUGAAAUUUCAUAUCCAAAGCUACUGUGAGAAACAUAUCAGAAAAUUUGGUUGGUCAUCAUUUCUGGGAAAAUCUGUCCUCUCUUCCCAUCCUCAAUCCAUUUUCAAAUUGGUGUCACAUAAUUAUCUUAUAUCCUGAAAUUUCUUUUCUUUUUCUUUUUUCAGCUGCCAUUGAUUUCUCAAUCAUUAUUUUCUAAUGAGGGUCUUGUUAAACAUCAUCUCUUUAUGCUAAUUACUCUAAUUUCUUGAAACUGACUAUUCCUGAAGCCAGCAGCUUUUGUGAAUUCAUGCAUGUGUCUUACUGAGUCUGAAUCUUUUACUUCUUUAUAUCAGAAAAAAAAAAUAAAAAAAUGGGUGUUGAUGCAAAAGACAUUCAAGUUCUCAUGAGCAGAAUUCUUAAAUUUUCCAUUGACGUUUUGUGUAGAUUUGUACAAAAGCAUCCAAUUCUUUCAAGUGUAUUAUUAUUCUUGUUGGUCCUCUACUUGUUUCUUCCGAAAGUUUUCCUUUUCCUGAUUUGCUCAUCCCCGUUUCUUGCAUGUGCUGCUGUUUAUAUCCGAUUUUAUUUGCCUUCAAAGGGUACGAAAAUCCAAAAUGAUGCCAAGGAUGGGAAGAAGGAUUCUGCAGUAUUGGAGCCUGAAGCAGCUGAUCAUGUUCUCAGUCGAAAUGAUGCAUCUAUUGCACAAUCCCAAACAAUGUCCCAGAGAAAUGUUAAAGAGAAGAACAAACAAUUGGAUGCCCGAGCAACUGAGGAAAAGAAUGUGGUUUCCUCAGUAAGUCCUGAUAUUGACUCCACAGGUACAAGUGUUCUGAUUGAAGAAAAACCUGAUAACGGUGAGAUCAUUUCGCGCAAUGUGUCUGUUGGUGAAGAUAGUGAAGCAUUUAGUAAAGCAUCAAAGUCUAGUGUGACAUCUCUGGAUGGGUUGGAAGAACAGGCUGCAAAAUCUGAAGGUGGCGGAGGUGAGGCAGAGUUGGAAAGUUCGAGCUCUGAAGAGGAGGGAGAGGCACAAAAAGGUACGAAUAAAGCUGUGGAAUGGACAGAAGAUGAUCAAAAGAAUCUUAUGGAUCUUGGGAUUUCUGAGCUAGAAAGAAACAAGAGGCUGGAAAGCCUAAUAGCGAGACGUAGAGCAAGAAAGCUGUACAAAAUGAACACUGAGAAAAUUUCGACUCAUGUGAGCACUGCUCAGAUUCCAGUAGCUCCAGUUUUAGUUGCAAGAGGCAAUCUUUUUGGUGCUCCAAAUGACCCAGAUGAGAAAAUUCCUGGUUCCGCACCUUCUUUACCAACUCGGAAUCCAUUUGAUCUUCCAUAUGAUCCUCUUGAAGAAAAACCUAAUCUCAUGGCGGACAGUUUCCAGCAAGAGUUCAUGCCAGCUUUUCAGAAAGAAAUGUUCUUUUGCAGGCAUGAAAGCUUCACCUGGGGACCUUCCUUUCCACUUGAAGGCAUGCACAAUCAUUCUGAUGUUGCAGGACACUCGACACUUCAAAAGGAGCAAGAUAAGGGAAAUCAUGACUGGCUAGUUGAUCAUUUACUGAACCAAGAUGAUAAACCCUUGCGUCGUAGUUUGAGUAUUACUGAUCUUGUGACGGAAGAAGGUGAAUCUUCCAACCAGGUAGAAAAUAAACCUGAAGAGGAUGGAGAAGCUGACCCUAGUACAGACAUCAAAGGUAAGAAGAUAGAGAAUACUCAUGGCUCAGAUUCAAGCUUAGAUAAAGGAAGUGAGAUUCCAAUAGCAACACUUGGAAUCAAGCACAAUAGAAGUGAAUCAAGUUUAUCAUCUUUAUCGGACGACGACAACGAACCGACCAUUAAGACCAAAAAAACUGCAGCUUUGUCUAAGAUACAACCUCCUGUUUUCAGAUUUCCUGAAAUAGUGAAUAACCCAUCACCAAAUUCAAAUCCCUGUCCAAUUCCUAAAGCUAGAGGCGUGAACGAAACCUCUUAUCUUGCUAGCCCGGCUACAAUCGACAGAUCAAGGUUAGAUAACCAUUUACUUUACACGAAUAAUGGUCCCUGGCAUACCCCUACCAAUUCCAUAGCUUCUGAUAUGCAAGUAGAGGUCUCAGAAAUUGGGUCACCUCCACUGACAGGAGAUGGAUCUGCUUCAUCCAAUGAUGGAGAGUCCUUGACUUAUGAUGGAGACGUAGAGAAGGAAAUUACUUCCGGCAGUGAUGAAAUGUGGGGAGUCUCGCCUCAUGCUCCCAGAGAUCAAGAGCAGGAUAUGACAUCGAGAGAAGUAAAUGACUUUGAUGGGGAGGAUACUGCAGAAGGCUUCUCAGGUUUCCAUAAGGAAUCUGAGGCUCCAUUUGCAUCGUCUUCAAGACUAGACAUGCCUCAGGAUGUUAAAACAGAUUCAAGUAUUUCUGAACAUAAGAUUUCCAAUGAUUUAGAAAAACAUGAAGGGAAUUUGCAGAAGCCACAGGAACCACUGUCUCUUUCCGAGAAGACUGCAGAGAAGGUGGAGUCUAGUCACAGUGUCAAUGUUUCAGAUCAUAUGAAUGAUGAUUCCGGACGUUCAAAAUCAGUUGAAGAGAGGAGUAGUGGAGCUGAAAAUUCUGUCAUGUCAGAGGUUGGUGAUUUUUCAGAACCAGCUCAGGAAAUUAAUUCAGAGUCUAGCAAGCAUAAUGAGAGCAAGUCAUUGGAUACUCCCGUACAGUCUGUAGAGGAGGUGGAAAUGGCUUAUAGCAGCGACGAUCCAGCAGUUCAUGCAAAUGUUCCUAAGGAAGAUAUUAAAUCAAAUGAAGACAUGAAUGGUAGAAUUGACAAGUACAUUGAGCAAGAAGUUUUAUUAGACUUGUCGAAACGAGCUGAGGAAAGUAUUUCAGAAUCUGCCAACAAUCCUGAAAACAAUUCUGAUAUGCCUCUUGCUAAUCUAUCAUUCUUGAUACCAAUUCAAGAUGGUAUCCAGGAGCAGAGUACCACAGAAUUUGAAGUUUCUAGCACAAACCAGAGUUCUAAUGACCCCUCCACAUCAGGCAUACAGCUAGAAAUGGCAGUUGGACAGGCUUCUCCUGUUUCAAAUACAUCUUCAUCUCCAAAAUCUGUUUUACCAGACAGGAUCCCAUUAGCUGAAACAUUAUCAGAUCUCAAUCAACACAUGCAAAUGGAUGUUCCUGAAUAUGAUAUGGAGAAGAUAGCGAGAGAUCAUCUAGAUAAGUUGUUGGAUGAACAAUUAGCUGAGAGUGUGGUUUUAAUUUCAGACCAAAACGGACAGCAUGUGACAGAAGAUUCAACAAAUCACCCAUCUGUCAACAUGCCUCAAAGAACUGAGGAGACCUCUGAUACUUCAGGGAAAUCAACAAAUGAAGCCAAAGAGGUGGCGAAUUUAAAUGAACCUAUGCUCGAUGAUGGGGGAACCAAGGAAGAUAUAAGAUCAGAAGCAUCAAUCAGUAUUGAGGAUUCUGCAGAGCUGUCAAAACCACCUGAGGAAAUUAACUCCAUAUCGGUUGAACAAAUUGACGAUAAAUCUGGAAAUCUGAUUGAACACGAAACCAGGACUGAUCAGACAGAACCUGAAAAAGAACACCACGAUUCAGAAGUUCCAGGACUUGCAGUAAGAGGAGAGGAAUUAAGAAAUACUUCACAGGCAUCUACACAAGAUGCCGAUGGAAACUCAGGAGCCAAAGACUUGACAGAAAACAGAACUGCUACUAUCCCAACAAAUCCAGCUGUUGAAGGUGAUCAUGUAGACAUGGCUGUUAAUGUUGGAGCAGAGGAGGAGAUUCUUGUGCAGAACUCCACGGCCACUAGAGAUGCACUAGCUAAUGAGACGACCAGCAUGGAUAGGAUUGAGCUUGUUGGAGAUGGUGAACAUGAAUCCAAAGGAUUAGAUAGAAAAGAAGCUACUUCAGAACAAUCAAAUGUCACAGAGGAUCCUCCUUCAGGAUCCAUACAAGUUACUGAUACUGGAUCAAGUACUGAGAACGCAAUUGACAAUGUCCCAUUUCAGCCAGCACGGGAAAGUAAUAGUUUAAGCGACAUGACGAACAUUGAUUCUGCUGCACAGCAAGAGGGUAAAGAUAGCUCAAAACCUGUUGAAGAUAUAAAAUCUAACUCCGAAUAUCUGACUCAGGACGGAACUGAGACGGAUCAAUCUACAAAGAAAUUAGUAAUUGCUAAGAUGGAGGCUCCUAUGUUAGAGGAUAGUUAUGAACAUAUCAGCACACCGUGAGAGCAUUCAUGAUUAUCCAUGCAUUGGAAAGUAUCAAGACCACAAAUCCAGAAGUAGGUAAAAAUUGAAGGAAAAGAAAAAAGAAAAUCAGAAAAGAGAAGAAGCAACUCUGAUAGCAACCCAGAAAGGUUACUAGUAUGCAGACGAAAAUAUAUAGUUACUGUAUAUUUCUUAGUAUUGCAAAUUCUUUAUAGGAACUUAGUGAUUACUAUGACCUUCACCAUCACUGAUGAGAAAACUAAAGGUUUGAAAAUUCCUUGUGGUUUUCCAUUUUUUUUUGUUUCCUUUUAUGCAUUAUGUUCUGUAAAAUAAAGAUAAAGCUGAGCUGUGUAUCAUAUCAAAGUUUUGAAAACUUACUC